UCGCUCUUGUGGUCCACAACAAGCUGCGAUCAUGGCCUUGUCCUCUUCCUCGCCCAUUCGCCACCACGCCUCUCACCGCACCGCCGCCGCGGCCAUCGCAGCGGCGACGCUCCGAGAACGACACGCUAGCUCUUUGAUCAACAUCCCGGCCACUCUCUCUAGUCUCCUCCACCUUCACCACGAAAGGAAGCCCGACGACCACAGCGUCGGCUUCCCACCCCCCGCCAUCGGCCGCAACACCCCUACUGUCUCCCCGAAGGAGGACAUCUUCUCCCUCUUCCCGGAGAUCCACGGCCACGCCGACUGGUCUCCCCUUCUCAACCCCCUCCACCCCUGGCUCCGUCGCGAGAUCAUCAAGUACGGCGAGUUCGCGCAGGCGACCUAUGACGCCUUCGACUUCAACCCCCUCUCCGAGUUCUGCGGCAGCUGCCUCUACGGCCGCCACCGGCUCCUCGACAAGCUCGGCCUCGCCAGGAACGGCUACCGCGUGUCCAAGUACGUCUACGCCAUGUCCCACGUCAAACUCCCACGCUGGCUCGAGCGCUCCCUCCACGCCGACGCCUGGUCCACGGAGUCGAACUGGAUGGGCUACGUGGCCGUCAGCGACGACGCGGAGUCCCGCCGCAUCGGCUGCCGCGACAUCGUCGUCGCCUGGCGCGGCACCAUCGCGCCCACCGAGUGGUUCAAGGACGUGCAGGGCAAGCUGGAGCCGCUCGGGGACGCCCGCGCCGACGUCAUGGUCGAGCAUGGCUUCCUCGGCGUGUACACCUCCAAGAGCGACCGGACGCGCUACAACAAGACGAGCGCGUCGGAGCAGGUGAUGGAGGAGAUCGAGAGGCUAGUAAGCCACUACAGGCAAAGAGGCGAGGAGGUCAGCCUGACCAUCACCGGCCACAGCCUGGGCGGCGCGCUGGCUCUGCUCAACGCCCACGAGGCGGCGUCGACCAUCCCGGACCUUCCGAUCAGCGUGAUAUCCUUCGGCGGGCCGCGCGUCGGCAACGUCGCCUUCGGAGAGAAGCUGAAGGAGAUGAACGUGAAGGUUCUGCGGGUGGUGGUGAAGCAAGACAUGGUGCCGAAGGUGCCCGGCAUCCUGUUCAACGAGGGGCUGAAGAGGUUCGAGCACGUUACCGGAACCCUGGAGUCGGUGUACACGCACGUCGGCCUCGAGCUCGGCCUCGACGUCAGCUCGUCGCCCUACCUGAAGCACGGCCUCGACGUCGCCGGAUUCCACAAACUGGAGACCUACCUGCACCUUGUGGACGGGUUCCUCAGCUCCGACAAGGAGUUCCGGCGGAACGCGAGGAGGGACGUGGCGCUGGUGAACAAGACCAGUGGAAUGCUGCGAGAUGAGCUGCACAUACCACCACGCUGGGCUCAGGCGGCCAACAAGGGCAUGGUGCGCAAUGCUUACGGCAGAUGGGUCAAGCCAGCAAGAGAGCCAGAAGACAUCCCUUCGCCUUAUAGAGAAGAAGCACAACUUGGAUUCUGUGCAUCACGCAUGUAGUUAUACAAUGGGAUUAAAUUGGCUGCAAACACCGUGUUUCUUGCAAUCUUAGCUCUAUCACAUCAGAUCAAGUAAGACAACUCGGAUUUCCUAUCAGGAGUACAAACGAAGACCGGUCCGAACAGACGAAGACAACUAAAUCCUCUGCCUUGCGCUGCCAUCAUCUCUUCCACCGGGAGUAUUCAUCAUCCCGCUUGU